AGGGCGAUGCUAUCGCGGCGACGUCAGUGUGGAAAAUGGAUCACACUAAAUCAUUUUUCUCGAAAAUUUUUGGGAGUAUUUGCAAGCCUGAAAUCGGAUCACGCCGAUGGUCAGAUCCACGUCCCAUGGCAAAGCGUCGCCGGCGUCCAUAAGGUAUCAUAACCAAUCGCAGCAUAGCUCGCCCCGCGGUUCGCAUGCGAUAGUGUACACCGUCGCUUAGGUUGGCUCCGUUCCGCUUUGCACUAAUCACCGUUUCCAUCCCAAUAGUUCCAGGCCGCUUCUUUCUACAACCUUGCAACCAUGCCGGCGAAAUUCGACCCCACGGCUGUUACUGUCAUUUAUGUCAGAACAACCGGUGGAGAGGUUGGCGCCGUCGCCUCCCUUGCCCCGAAGAUUGGUCCCCUUGGGUUGAGUCCCAAGAAGAUUGGAGAUCAAUUGGCCAAGGCCACGAAAGAGUGGAAGGGCUUGCGCGUUAUGUGCAAGCUGUCAGUGCAGAACCGACAGGCCAGCGUUGAAGUAACCCCCUCCGCGGCUUCCAUGGUGAUUAGGGCGCUCAAGGAGCCACCCCGCGAUCGCAAGAAGCAGAAGGACGUUCCUCAUGACGGAAAUGUUAGCCUUGAUGCCAUCGUUGAAAUUGCCAAGCAAUGUCGCGCACGCUCUCUCGCCAAGCACAUGAGCGGCACGGUUAAGGAGGUGCUCGGUACCGCUCAAAGCGUUGGUUGCACCGUUGACGGAGAGCCUCCCCAUGAUAUCAUUGAUAAGAUUAACGAAGGCACUGUUCAAAUUGAGGCCUAUGAUGUUGAGCGGCCAGAUGAUGAGGAGUAGAAUUGGGUGCAGUAAACUGAUUUUGGUCAGUUGGGCCAGUGUGUAAGUUUCUUGUUUAUUCUCUUCAAUUGAGAGAUGGGCCCGCAGAUUCAGUGAUGGAACAAGAGUGUUCUCUCCACCUAGCGUUCUGCUGUGGCAGAAACGUAUGCUGCGCUAGUCUCGCAUGAUUGUAGAUGUACUGAGGGCGACGGACGUCGUUCCUGACAUAAAGUCUCGGAGGCGAAGCUGAGGCGAAUGCUGAAUGCUUGCCGAUGGGCUGCAAGGGGCGCGCUGAUUUUACA